AUGGUGGAUCUGUUGAACUCGAUGAUGAAUCUGGUGGCGCCUCCGGCAACGAUGGUGGUGAUGGCCUUCUCAUGGCCAUUACUGUGUUUCAUUAGCUUCUCCGAACGGCUUUACAACUCUUAUUUUGCUACCGAAGACAUGGAGGAUAAAGUCGUUGUCAUCACCGGAGCUUCCUCCGCCAUUGGAGAGCAAAUAGCGUAUGAAUACGCAAAGAGAAGAGCGAAUUUGGUGUUGGUGGCGAGGAGAGAGCAGAGACUGAGAGUUGUGAGCAACAAUGCUAAACUGAUUGGAGCCAACCACGUCAUCAUCAUCGCUGCUGAUGUAAUCAAAGAAGAUGAUUGCCGCCGGUUUAUAACCCAAGCCGUCAACUAUUACGGGCGUGUGGAUCACCUAGUGAAUACAGCGAGUCUUGGACACACGUUUUACUUUGAGGAAGUGAGUGACACUACUGUAUUUCCGCAUUUGCUGACCAAUGGCCAGAUUAUUGUGAAUGCAUCGGUCGAGAACUGGCUGCCUCUACCACGGAUGAGUCUUUAUUCCGCUGCAAAAGCCGCACUAGUCAAUUUCUAUGAGACGCUAAGAUUCGAGUUAGAUGGAGACGUUGGAAUAACUAUCGCGACUCAUGGAUGGAUCGGGAGUGAGAUGAGUAGAGGAAAGUUUAUGCUUGAAGAAGGUGCUGAGAUGCAAUGGAAGGAAGAAAGAGAAGUAUCUGCAAAUGGUGGACAGUUGGAGGAAUUUGCAAAGAUGAUUGUGGCAGGAGCUUGUAGAGGAGACGCGUACGUGAAGUUCCCAAACUGGUACGACGUGUUCCUCCUCUAUAGAGUCUUCACGCCUAAUGUUCUGAGAUGGACAUUCAAGAUGCUACUGUCUAGUGAGGGUUCACGUAGAACCUCCCUUGUUGGUAUCGGGUCAGGUAUGCCUUUGGACGAACCCUCUUCACCAAUGAAACUUAUGCUUGAAGGAGGCCCACCUCGGGUUACCUCAAGUCCGCCUCACUACGCCGCAAGCCCGCCUCACUACGCCGCAAGCCCGCCUCACUACACCGCAAGCCCGCCUCAUUAUGCCGCAAGCCCGCCUCUUUACACCGCAAGCCCGCCUCGGUAUUCUGCAAGCCCAAGCCCAAGCCCACCUCGGUAUACUGCAAGCCCAAGCCUGAGCCCACCGAGGUAUCCGGCGAGCCCACCUCGUCGGUUUGCACGGUUUAGUAUCCAAGAGUUGCAAUAA